AUGCCGACGACAGACUACGAGUCUGCGAUGUCGUUUCCGACUGCGAUACACCGGAAUGGCUCACAGACUACGACGUCGUUUCUGGCACUGCGUCAUUUUUUGCAGUUCUGCAGCGCAGAUGACAUCGAAGGCAGGCUACAAAGUGACGACAAAGAAGGCUCCGGCAUAGAAAGCUCGAGCAGAGAAGAAGCCCAAGGCCAAGAAGAAGCUCCCAAAGAGGGUGGAGUCGCGGCGGCCGGAGAUAAGAAGAAGAAGAAGAAGAAGAAGAGGGUGAAGAAGUCAUCGGAGAUGUACAAGAUCUACAUCUUCAAGGUGGUGAAGCAAGUCCAUCCUGACAUCGGGAUCUCUAGCAAGGCCAUGGGCAUCAUGUACAGCUUCAUCAACGAUAUCUUCUAG